AUCUCGCAGUGGGGCCCUUGCCGGACAUCGUCGAUUGUCUCCAGCGCUUCCAGCCUCAUUGAUCUCGCGCGCAUCAGGUGAAUGGCCCUGGGGAUCCAUGGAUGACCUCACGGCGUGGCGUGAACUGUGGCGCCCCGCAUUGCCGCUAGCAUGUCGGACCGGCCCAUCUCACCCAACACACGCACACGCACUCGCACACGCACAUGCCAUCAUUUCGUGCAGCUCGUGUGUCUUUUCUGUUGAGAGCGGUGCCUCUCGUGCCUGGAUAUCGCCGCCCUCACGCCAUGUAACCUUACCCCAGAUCCACUGCCGCCUGCACCCCGCAAGGCCUAUAUAUGCGCCAACAUUCCAGAAGCCGUCUGUCUUCGUUCGUGCUACCCCGCUAUCGCCAUGGCCCCGGGCUCAGUCGUACACCUGCCCAACGGGCAGGUCGUGACGGUCACGCCCGUGUUUGGCGGCCUGUUCUUCAAGAGCAAUGAUCUUACGAACCACCACUCGCCGUUCCCGGCGGGCUGGACGAUUGUGCUGAACUCGGAGGAUGAGGGGCUGGACGAGAAGCAGGACGAGGAUACCGCGACAGAGGGGUCGAGGACCCCGAGGGGCCGCAUACAUCGGUACAAGAGGCCUACGCUGCAUAACGACCACCUGUAUAUCUCGUCGAUAUCGAAUCCGAGCAGCAGCGACUUCAAGCCGGCAUCCUCGCCCACGAGACAGAUCGCCAUGAUGCUGUGGGCGACGCUGUACUGGUACUUCCACCAGCCUGAACCGGACCUGCAGGUUACGAGCGCCGCUUCGAAGAAUACCCCGGACUCGGGAAAGCCAGAGGGUGAGUGGCGGGUCAACGUAAAUCGGGAGGGCAUCUUCAAGGGCAAGGUCGUGCUGCCGAAGCUGGAGCGCAUGGGCUUGAUUGCGAGCGAAGAAUCAAGCGUGGGCAUAGUCCAAGGCGAGACAUCCCCCGAUGGCUGGACGAAGAUGUUCAUCAGCCGGCGUACUUUCUGGCAGCUAGAUCCCCGCAUCUACCUCUUCACGCUGUCGCCCAUGUCGCAAUCACCCUUCCCCAACGGCUCGCCCUAUACUUCCAGACCCGGAUCACCAGUCCGCGGCGGCGAACGAGACUCAAAAGAAGUUCAGCUCGAGCAAGUCUCACAAGGCCUCUGGUCGCCCACUGCUCCAGGGCCCUUCCAUUCCACCUCACACCUACCCACAUACUACCCGCCUCCACCACCGCAAUACAUCUUCUCGAAUUACGUCCGACACCCACUCCGCCCCAAACCACCACGGCAAGGCGAAAUCUUCUACACGCGCUUCAUACCCAGCGUAGGCCAAUACCUCUCCUUCCGCGUAGCCUCCAUAUCCUCGAAACCGCUCCGCCACCGAGGCCCCGUCUCCCAGCACACGCCCACCCCGCACCGAACCUCCCCUCUGCCCGCCUCCGAUACCAACCUUCCCACCAUGUCCUCGCUCAACAUCGGCCUCUCCGACCCGGAGUACCUCCACAAGUGGAUGAACGACCCUCGCAUAUCCUACUUCUGGGGUGAGUCCGGUCCACAAUCGCAGCAGGAAGAGUUUCUCAAGAGAGGCUUGCAGAGCAGGCAUAGUUUCCCGGUGAUUGGAUGUUGGGAUGGGAAGCCGUUCGGGUAUUUUGAAAUAUAUUGGGUGAAGGAGGAUAAUAUCGGGAAGUACCUCCCACACGUCGGCGACUACGACCGCGGGUUCCAUUGCUUGGUUGGAGAACAAGAAUUCAGAGGAGAGCACAGGGUCAAGGUGUGGCUGAGCGCACUGGUGCACUUCUGCUUCCUGUCGGACCUAAGGACAGACACGGUGAUGCUGGAGCCGAGGGUUGAUAACGAGAAGUUGGCGCAGUAUCUGCUCGACGCGGGCUUCUACAAAGAGAGGGAGAUCAGUUUUCCACACAAGCAGAGUAAUCUGAUGAAGAUCAAGAGGGAUGCCUGGGAGGGCCCGUUUCUGUGAUAGCGGUUCAGGAAGAGAACGAGUGAUCAACUCACUCUGCGUAAUGUGUGCUUGCGGAAGGCGAGGAUCCGGAUACCAUGGGCUUUUCUAGGCCUAUCGCGAUUGUAAAUGGCUUUCACUGUGCUGGCCGAGGUGUACAAAGUCUGGAUGGAAGACAGCGAUCGGGACAAACUUGAAUGCGUAGAAAGAUAGACAGAGUAUGCAUUGCGCCCUGGAGGCAGGCAUGACGCUUAGGAGACGGAAGUAAUGAUAAAAGCCGUAAUCCUUCGAACGCCCAAUGUGCAAUGCCUCUCCAAUCGCGGUAUACAAAAUGUUGUGAACCCCAUCGCUAAACCGCUCUAUAUGCCAG